GGAUGGAUAAUGGCCGUUCAUAUUCGUAUUCAUAGUUCUGCGCCACUUAGUUAUUCCAUCUCCCACAUAAAAUAAGUUAAAAUCCAUUUAUCCUUGAGAUAGCAGUAAUGGCCGCAUUUUCACCAUGCAGAGAUAUCACUAUUUUAUUCAAAAGUGGAGCAGUUUCAUUGGUAUGCUCAUCGGCGUUUACUCUGCAGGAACCAAGACUGAGGCCUGCUAAGUGUUUGAUAAAAGAAAGGGUCAUUUCGCAAAGUUUUUUCUCAAGUGGAGCAUCCGUUUUUCCGAAGAAAACAUCUUGUGGAUUAAUAAUUAAGAAAGUACCUUCUACAAUUCCCAGAUGCAGUGAUGCCUCUAACUCGAGUGGUGGUAAAGAUGAAUCCUCAGAUCAGCAGAAGACACCUUUCGGAUACACAAGAAAGGAUGUUUUACUGAUCGGACUUGGAGUUACUCUUGCUGGCAUUGGCCUGGAAAGAGGAUUGGAGUUCAUUGGAGUUGAUCCGUUACAAGCUGGGAAUGUUGUUCAGUUAGUCCUAGUGUUGGGGCUUACAGUUGGAUGGAUUUCUACUUAUAUAUUCCGAGUUUCAAACAAGGAAAUGACAUAUGCUCAACAGUUGCGCGAUUAUGAAGACAAAGUCAUGCAGAAAAGAUUAGAGAGUUUGACAGAAGCAGAGUUAGUAGCAUUGCUUGAACAGGUUGAGGAAGAGAAGAAACGCGUACCUGGUGGUGAGCAACAAGUCAAAUAAAGGUAGUUUCCAUUGUUGAUACUUUUCGAAAUAGCCAAGAAAAAUAAACAGUGGAUAUAUUAGUAGUUCUGUACAAACUUAUCAUGAUGUUAAAAGUAUCUGAUAGGGAGGCGAUAAAUCUUGCAAGGCCUUUUCUCUUUAUAUAGUAAUGAAUGGUUGUUCAAUCCCUUA